UUCUCUAUGCUGUGGCAUGUACUGUAUAUACUGUACACUGCAGCUGAUUCCAGUGAAACUGUGUUUUAGAUGACUGGAGCAAAAGACAGAAUGAGAGAAAAAAAGAUGAAGAAUCAGCCGAGAAACGUCAUUUACACAAGCUCAGGUCGCGGUACCGGGAGAGGUCAGGGGUCACAGGCAUGUGGCUGGGUCAGAGGUCAUCAGCCUGGGGGUCACAGUUACAGUCAAACUCUGCCCAAAUACAUCACGGCCUCGUCCUUCGCUAAAGCGCGCGCCGCUGAAGUGAACGCUAUGCUGAAGGCCGUCCGUAAACCUGCAGGCAGCUGCCACAUCUUCAACGCUCUGCCCAGACACAUGCGCAGACGGGCCAUGAGCCACAGUGCCAAGAGACUGCCGAGCCGUCUGCGAGAGGGAGCUCAGAGACUGGCCGAGCGUAGUCAGCGCGCUCCAGAGAAAGAGAAGAAGCAGCUUCCCAGAAGCAGGAGCCGUCGAGCACGCCGCAGACACGGGAACCUGCUGCUGGAGUUCAAUCGCAGACAGAGGAAGAACAAAUGGCUGGAGACGCAUAUCUGGCACGCCAAGCGCUUCCACAUGCAGAAGACGUGGAGCUACUGUCUGCCGCUCAAACCCACGGCGAAGUGCUUCAGAGCCAGCUACAGAGCCAUGAGUUCACACGCGCUGCUGCAGGAUUUGUCAUAUUUCUGCUGUUUGGAGGUUCAGGGAUCUGAAGAACAGAUGCUGCAAGCCCUCGCUCGACUCACCAGCAAACAAACAGGUCCCACAUUCGCAGCGGCGUCGUGUCUCUCAGGUGCUCGUCAGGGCAGCGUCCAUCUGUACAAAGCGGAUCAGUUUCCUCAAGGCUCUCUGGGUCCUGCUGACUUCCUGUGGAGGCCCCGGGUCCCUGACGCCUCAGACAGACAGCUGUGGAUCUGGAUCCAUCCGGCCCUUAAACAGGACGUGCUGUCGGAGCUGCAGCUGGUGUGUCGGUGUGUCGUGUCCGUCUCGGAGGAGUCUCGUCCCGCCGUGGAGCCGUCUGCAGAAAGGAAGAGGAAGAGAGACGAAGGAGAUGCUGAGCCACCCUCCAAAAGGCUCUUGGGGGACGGAACACGGCCCGCCGGGGCCCCUGUGUGCUGGCAGUCCCCUGACACGGCCAUCACCAUCAGUGACCUGACCAUGGAGGUUGUGCGCUAUCGUCUGAUUGGUCCGCUGGCCCACACGGUGCUCACAGACACUCUCCAGCCAGCCAGUGAGGAGACGGAGGCGUCCAAUCACAGCACAGAUGAGGCCGGUGUGAGCGUCCAUCAGCAGCAGACAGACAUAUUCCGCCUGCUGAGAGGAGUGUGUUCGACAGCAGAGCUCCCAGCAGGCUGUGUGUUGGGACUGACUGUAGAUGAUCCCAGACUCACUUUACCUCAGAAACGUGGUAAAUCUGUACCUGACCUACAGCAGACCGCAGAGGACAGUCGUGUGAGAGAUCUGACUCUCAGAGGAGUUGCGGCUCACUGCAGUCAGAGUGCAUUGUGGGACGCAUCGGUUCGAGAGCGUGUGACACACAGCCGACUGUCUGAGCAGGAGCUGAACCGGAUGCGGAGCGAGCUGCUGGUUCCGGGUUCGAGGCUGGUUCCUCAGGCUGCUGUUCCUCUGCUGCUGGUUCAUCAGGGCGGUCGUGUUCGGGGCGAGGAGCGUCUGCACUGGGGCUGCGGCUGGGAUCUGUUGCUGCCCAAGGGCUGGGGAAUGGCAUUCUGGGUCCCUCUGGUGUAUCGCGGUGUUCGUGUCGGUGGCCUCCACAUGAGUGUCAAACACUCCCAGUUCAUGGGGCAGCCUCACUUCCCUCACGAUUACCCAGACUGCCCUGCAGGACAGCGCUUCCAAUCAGAGCAGGAGGCGGAGCUUCUAGAAAAGUUCAAAAGACGUCCUCCAUCCAAACGCACCAACUACAUCAAACACGGCUGCUUGGCACCGUUCCGUUGCCCCUGGCAACAGCUGACGGAGGAGUGGGAGGAGCUAGUGAGCACCGAGACGACAGGCGGCUGCAGAACCGGACCCUUCACUGUUCUGAGGACUCUGAAGACGCUGCGGCGGCUGUCGGCGUGCUGUCGGCGCUCCUCACCUUUGACCCCUGUGGCGGCUGCGGAGCUGCGGCGGGAAUGUGGGCGGAGUCUGGUGUGGGUGCGUCUGCGUCUGUUGAGCAAAGGCCAGCCGGCGCUGCAUGCGAUAGUGAGCGUCCCGACGACCUCUGACCUCCAGCAGCUGCUUCAGGACGCGCGCAGCAGUGGGCCGCAGGAGCCUGGACACAGAGAGCAGCUGGAGCCGGCCGGAGCGGUCAGGGGCGUGUGUCCGGCGCCGCUGCCCCGUGUUCUGCCCCACUGCAGCCGGCUGACGCUGGGAUGGGUGACGCAGGGAGACUUCUCUCUGGCCGCCGGCUGCGGAGAGGCGCUGGCCUUCAUCAGUGUGUCUGGACUCCUGCACAUGAUCCUGCAGCAGCCGCCGGAGCAGCGUGGCCUCGUUCUGCUGCGAAACCCCUCGUCCCUGCAGUACCGCUUCGCUCGCAUCAGCAUCGACGUGUGAAGCAGUCUGUUCUCAUUAGACUGCUGUUUGAUUGCAAGCUGAUGCAUGCCGCACCUCCCAGACUCUAUAUACAGGAGAGCAUGUGAUAAAACUUUUCCGGUAUAUAUAUAUUUUGAGAGAAACUCUUACAUCAUGUUGAAAUUUGUGUCUUUUUUUUGUGGAAAUUGAAAGGCAUAUUUGAUUUACUAAGACAAUUUUUAUUUUGUUUAAAUACUGGGUUUCUAACUCUGCUGCAUGCAGAUUAUGUAUUUUUGUGUAUUGACCCAGCAUCAGUGUUUUAGUUUCUGCUCCGGCAUCUUCCAGUAGAUUAAUAAUCGGUGCAAAUUAAAGCACUUUCCUGA